AUGACCCAUGAAUGCGCUGGAAGAGAAGACCCUGCCGACCCCGCUGCCUCCGACCCGGAGCUGCACUAUGAGGAGGAGGAGGAAGAGGAUGAGCCGAGCGAGGGGUCCGAGUCCUCCGACACCAGCAGCAUCUUCUCUGAUGACUCCGUCUACCCCUGCUAUGAGCUCUCCGUGAGGCCGGGCAGCGGGGAGGACCUCAGCCUCUACCAGUGCUGCCUCCGCAACGAUGCCAAGUUGCUUCACGAGAAGCUGGAGCAGGGGGUGGGCAGGCACGAGGCCAUGGAGCUGGACAUCAACGGGAGGAACGGGCUGAUGGUCGCCUGCUACCAGGGCUUUGUGGACAUCGUUCCUCUGCUGCGAAAAUGUCCCUACAUAAACAUCAAUCACCAGGACAAUGACGGCAACACCGCGCUGAUGGUGGCAGCACAAGCAGGACAUAUCACAAUAGUCAACUAUCUCCUGAACUACUACCCAGCGCUCGAGGUUGAUAAGCGAGAUUUCCGCGGCCUGACUGCCCUGAUGAAGGCUGCCGUGCAGGGGAGGAAGGACUGUGUGACAGCCCUGCUCUUGGCCGGAGCUGACCUGAAAGCGGUGGAUCAUAUCAAGGGAAAGACGGCCAGAGACUGGGCCAAGUUCACGGGGCGCUUUGAGACCAUCGUGCAGAUCCGGAGCCUCCUGCAGCGCCCACGAGCAGAGCAGUUCAGCAGCCAGUACCUGCCGGAGUGGCCGGCCUUGGCCGAGCUGGUGGCCAAGGCCCUGAGCCCCAAAUCCAGAGGCGAGAGGCUGUCGGAGAAGAUCCGCUCUGUGUUCACCUUCAACAUCCCCCAUGACCCCAAGGAGGAUGGUGUGAUGGACCACAUGGUCAGGAUGACCACCUGCCUGGCCAGUCCCUUUGUAGCCACCGCUUGCCAAACCAUCUGCCCCAACAGUCCCCCGGAAGUAGGGAAGCGCAGGCUGUCUGUGCCAGAGAUCCUCAAGGAGCACACGCCGGAGCAGGACCCUGAGUCAGAAACCAGCUCAUGCUCCAGUGCCGGGGGAUCCUCUUGCAAUGGGCAGGCUGUGUCAGAGAUCAGGCUGUUGUCACCCUAUCGCCCCAUCACCGGCCUCCGGAGCUUCCUGCCCUGGAGGCUGCUGUGGAGGAACAGCAUCUUCCCUGGAGACCAAAUCCCCAAAAUCAAACUGACCAAGCCUUCCUCCCCACCUGCCUCCAAGGAGAGGACGCAUCGCUCCAAGGACAAGAACCUGCUGGAACCACCCAAGUGGCGAUACAAGGAGCUGAAGGAGGAGAAGAGAGCAGCUGAGGAAGCAGCGAGUGGGAAGAAAAAGAAGAAAGGGAAGAAGAAGCCCUAA